UCGCAGGGUCAGCAACAGAUCUGCCCUGCCCAUUUGCUCACCGACUCUGCAGACUCAGCCUUAGGUGACACAGGAUGUCGGACACCGAGGAGCAGGAGUAUGAGGAGGAGCAGCCCGAAGAAGAGGAGGCUGCGGAGGAGGAGGAGGAAGCCGCCGAGGAGCCGGAGCCCGUGGCAGAGCGAGAAGAGGAGCGUCCCAAACCAAGGCCUGUGGUCCCUCCACUGAUCCCCCCCAAGAUCCCAGAAGGGGAACGUGUGGACUUCGAUGACAUCCACCGCAAGCGCAUGGAGAAAGAUCUGCUGGAGCUGCAGACGCUCAUCGACGUGCAUUUUGAACAGCGGAAGAAAGAGGAAGAGGAGCUCAUUGCGUUGAAAGAGCGCAUUGAGCGGCGCAGAGCUGAGAGAGCUGAGCAGCAGCGCUUCCGAACAGAGAAGGAGCGUGAGCGUCAGGCUAAGCUGGCGGAGGAGAAGAUGCGGAAGGAGGAGGAAGAGGCCAAGAAGCGAGCUGAGGAUGACGCUAAAAAGAAGAAGGUUCUGUCCAAUAUGGGAGCCCAUUUUGGGGGUUACCUGGUCAAGGCAGAACAAAAGCGUGGUAAGCGCCAGACAGGUCGGGAGAUGAAACUACGUAUCCUGUCUGAGCGUAAAAAGCCUCUGAACAUCGACCACAUGGGAGAAGACCAGCUCCGGGAGAAGGCCCAGGAGUUGUCGGACUGGAUCCACCAGCUGGAGUCUGAGAAGUUUGACCUGAUGGAGAAGCUGAAGCAGCAGAAGUAUGAGAUCAACGUGCUGUACAACCGCAUCAGCCAUGCCCAGAAGUUCCGGAAGGGGGCAGGGAAGGGCCGAGUUGGAGGUCGCUGGAAGUGAGGCCCGGGAGCCAGGAGCCAGAGCCUGAGCCAGAGCCUCUGGGGCAUGGAUCACAUCUGUGGUUGAAAUAAACAUGCCCCCUGCAGGCCACCUGCUGA